CUUGUCCAGGUGGCGCAGAUUGUUGUCAGAAUACGGCAGUAAAACUACGCUGGCGUAUCCACAUGAAGGAACGAUGACAAGCAGAUCCGAGGACGGAUCUUUUCUGCAUUAAAAAUACUGUUAUUUAAUUUAAAUUGAAGAUUAAUCUUGCUUUUAACAUAUUUUUAAACUUCCACUAUGGCAGACUUCAGGACCUUUAAUGUUGUCAUUCUUGGAAUAGGAUUUCUGCUGAUAUUUACUGCUUUUACGACUUGUGGAAACAUUGAACAAACAGUUAUUAAGAGUUUGGCCAACACUACGUUUGAGGGCAGUGGUUACAACAGUUUUGCUAUUAUCUACGGAGUUUUUGCAGCUUCUAAUUUUAUAGCUCCCUCGGUCAUUGCAGUAAUUGGACCUAAACUGACGAUGAUGCUUAGUGGACUAUUGUACAGUGGGUAUAUUGCUGCAUUCAUCCUUCCUGCAACAUGGUCUUUUUACUUGACUUCGUUUCUCAUCGGUGUGGCUGCAGCUAUGUUGUGGACAGCUCAGGGAAAUUUCCUGGUAUUGAACUCUGAUGCCUCCACUAUCAACAAGAAUACUGGGCUAUUUUGGGCUCUCCUGCAGUGCAGUAUGCUGUUCGGCAAUCUAUAUAUUUAUUUCGAUUGGAAUGGAAAAAUUACAGUAACAGAUAAAGACAGAAUGACUGUGUUUGUUGUUCUGUUGGUCCUUUCUUUGCUGGGAACACUGAGCUUUAUUGUUCUGAGAAAGAACUGUGAUCCAGAUGAAGCCCCAAAUGAAGAAAAUGAUUCCUUGCUUCCAGCAAGCAUGAUUUACAAGCAAAGAGCACUUUCUGCUGUUAGAGAGGCCACAACAGAGUUCAGAACAAUGAUAAACAUGUUUGGCACUAAGACCAUAUUUCUUCUAAGUUUCUGUAUGGCUUACAGUGGCCUGGAACUGACAUUUUAUAGUGGCGUGUAUGGGACCUGCAUAGGAGCAACAGCACAAUUUGGAACUUCAGCCAAAGGCCUAAUAGGGCUCUCUGGAAUAUUGGUGGGAAUCGGAGAGAUUGUCGGUGGUGGCUUAUUUGGGCUUUUGUGUAAGAACAGCCGGUUCAGACGUACCUCUGUUGUUUUCCUGGGAAUGAUGGUGCAUUUUAUCUCAUUUUAUUUAAUUUUCCUUAACAUCCCUGAUGAUGCCCCAAUUGUCUUUGAAUCUGUCACUGUGCUUGAACCCUACCUCACCCCCAGUGUGCCUGUUACCUUGAUGUGCAGUUUUUUACUUGGGCUUGGAGAUAGCUGUUUCAAUACCCAGAUAUACAGCCUCCUGGGGUGUUUGUAUGCUGAGCAAAGCUCUCCUGCAUUUGCCAUCUUCAAAUUCAUACAGUCUGUAUGUGCAGCAGUAGCGUUUUUCUACAGCAACUACCUACUGCUCUCCUGGCAGCUUCUCUUGAUGGUCAUCUUGGGCUUUGCUGGAACACUGUGCUUCUUCUUGGUGGAGAAGACACAGGGUAUGUCUGCAGAUUUACAGGAGUAUUAAUUUAAGGAGUGGAAUCAUGUACAUGAAGGGUGGACCAUUUUUUAAUAGUAAGCUCUAUGUAAAAUGUAACUUGUCCUUUUUUAUUAUUCAGUGUACUACAGCUAAUAAAGGUAAACUAAUUUAGAUCUUAAUUUCUAGGACAUAAUUUUUCACAUGGUAUAAUCAUGUUUAAUGAACAUCAAGUGCUUUUCAGUGAUAAUAAAGUAUCUACAGUAUUUGUAUUUCUAAGUGUGAUAAUCCAGAAAAGGCAAUCAUGUUUACAAAUCAAUGCAUAAUUCUGGAAUAGCCUGAUGAAAUGCCAUUAUUAUUCUUCAACGUUACACUACAAUGAUAUCUGGAAAUAACAAUCAUGAUACAAGAACUUUUAAGAAGCUAUUACAAUAUGUUGAAAUGUCUCAUUUGAGUGCUGUGUAUGUGGAUUUUAUUUCCUAGAAUGUAAUUAAAUGUCUACAGUCAUUCUCAUUAUGUGCUAUGAAUACCUAGUCAUCUUUUUAAUGUCUCCUGACUACCAUGACAAUGGUCUUAAGUUUUGAUCAGUAUGAAUAUACUUGGCAAAAUAGUUGUUGAUUAUAUAUCUAACAAUUAGUAGCACAGUGCCAUUUUCUGCCUUACAAUUCUUGGUUCCUGGGUUUCAGUUUGAGCUCUGGGGCUUCUGGCUAUUAUAAAUAGUAUAUGCAAGUUUUCACCUGAUGCUACUAGAAGUCACUUGUGUGGAAUACCGUUGGCUCCAUGAACACCAUGACUAUGCUGUAACUUUUACUGGUGCUCUCUGCAAGUGAUACAUGUUCCCCUGCAUAUUCUGUGAAGUUCUAACAGUUGUGCAUGUGAUUACCCAUGAAUUACCCAUGCUGCUGAUGAGGAUCCGAGUGAUCCUCUCAGUUUCAUGGUCCCUUGACCGAUUUGCACCAUCUGAAUUCAGUGGUUGUGAAAAUUCGAGACAAAGUCCAUGGAGCUCCCAGUGUUCCUAGAAAAAACAUGUUAUCGAAGAACUGUCUGGCUGUCACCAGGCAAACACUGAAGUGACAACUGAUUUAUUGAUCUUUAAAGUUUUAUACACAAUAUUUAUUAAUGAUAGUAGUUUUCUGUAAUUCUGGUACACCCAGGAAAUUUGAAUUGUUUAAUUUUAUAUUGGAGAGAUGGAAAAUGUUUUCAUAAACCAAUAUAAAAAAGUUUGGAAAAACACUAAGGUGUAAUCACACUAAUUUUUUAUAGAAAAACAAUAUAAUGAUGGAUAUUUAUUACAUUUUUUAACAACCCAUUUACUACAUGCUUACUUUUGAAACUGAAUAUUUUUUAUUAAUAUAUUUAGCUCAGAUGUGAUAACAUUAUACAAAGUGGACAUAAACCGUUUUGACUGUCAUUCAGAAUUGUCAAACGUGCAAGAGUGGAAAGUCCAUAUUUCCAUUUAACAUUUCCUUUUGUACAUUUUGUAAAAUAAAAAAUACAUUCCUGUG